AUGAUUUCACCCCAAACCCCAAACAUUCACCACAAUACGGACCUACUGGACUACAAGGGUCACUUUAACGAUCACAUUGAUCUGAGUGAAGAAUGGUGGUUGAAUCGUAAUGGCAUAAACCUCCUUAACAUUGUAGGGGACUUCCUGGUAACAGAUGUUGUGCCCGACACCGAACAGACAUUCGAGAACACCAUGAAACUCUUGGAAGUGUGCUACAACAGAACGUCCAAUAUUGUUGUUUGGAACAACGUUUUUGUAUUGCUAAUACACCGGGAACUGGAGAACGAUGAUCGCAUAGCUAGGACUAUCGAGGGGUGGAAGUACAGCCAUGUCUUUCACUCUGGGCCUAUGGACCCGGUUCCACCAAAGGUGGUGGUACCAAGGAUUAAAAAGCCCACUCGCAAGAUGAGGUAUGGUGUAACAAAGAAGGAUGGCAAGCCGUGCAAGCAGAGAAUCCUCAAAACGGGAACAUAUCAGCAUCACCGGCCCCGUUUGGCUGCUUAA